UUGAUGCUUGUUCAACUUUCUGUGAUUACAUUUGUCUUUUUUCAUUAUUUCUAAUAAUUAAAUCAACAAUAAUCAUUUUCUAAUUAAAACGUGCUAAUCAAAGAGUCCUAAUUCUUAAAGUAUAAUAAUAUUCUGAUCAAUUUUAUUGAGCCGCAUUUCUUUGUUUCAUCUUUAAAGUUUUCCUUAAACUUUCCACAUCGCUUUGUGUUAAUAGUUUUUAUUAAUUUUCUUUAAGUUUUUAUUUUCUAUUCUCCAUCUUUUUUUUCUAUUUUAAAGAAAUACUCAUUGGAUAAUGUCUGAUCUUGACUUAACUAAAGACUUAAUUCACAAUGAUUCGAAUUUUAGUAAAAACUCACUAGCCGCUCCUUCCUCUUCAAGAGUUACAGGAGUUUCUCGGAAACCAACGAUCUCAACCACAAGGUCUGGCAAGUCCACGGCCAUUGAUACCUUGACGACAAGCUUUAACGGAUCACUUCUUAACUCAUUUGCCUCUCUAAACAUUGGUAAUGAUUCAUUAUGUAAUAAAUCUGUGACCACGUCCAUGUCCGCUCCUCCUGCUAAAACUCCGUGUAAAACACCAGGUAAAAAAGGAAAUUUGAAACUUGAAAGGACACCCGGAUCUGCGAUGAAAAACCUUAAGACUCCUAGUAAAAGUCCAAGCAAUGGGCCAGAUAGGUAUAUUCCUAAUAGAAAUGCCAUGAAUCCUGAAAUUAAUCAUUACCUGUUGACCCAUGGAGAUAAAUCGACUAAAGAAAAUGAUGGUGAACCCGCUAAAGACACCACAUUAUCUCAAUCUUCCAACCAAAAAGCAAUUAGUGACGCGCUUAAUUGUGACAUAAGUAACCAUAGAAUCCUCUGUUUUAAUGACAAGGCUCCCGUAGCUCCAGAAGGUCAUGCGAAUAACCUAAAAGUCUUAUAUAGCUCUUCGAAAGUGUCCAGUUCCUGUAAAAAAUCCUCUCGACAUAUUCCCACCCAACCCGAAAGAAUCUUGGAUGCUCCUGAAAUUAAAAACGAUUACUAUUUACAACUAUUGGACUGGAAUAGUAAUAAUUUAUUAGCUGUUGCUUUAGAUAAAGAUCUUUAUCUUUGGAACGCAUCAAAUGGUACAAUUAACCGACUUGUUGAACUACCAGAGGGUGAAUAUAUAUCAUCAGUCUCAUGGUUUGAUGGUAGUCAUAGUAUUGCCGUUGGAACAAGUAACCGUGAAGUUCAACUUUGGGACGCUGAGAAACAGAAACGUCUUCGAGUUAUGCCAGGUCACUCUGCCCGUGUUUCAACCUUAUCCUGGAAUAGUCACAUUCUUAGUAGUGGAGCAAGAAGUGGUCAAAUUUUCCAUCAUGAUGUUCGUAUCGCUAACCAUCAUAUUGGAACUCUUAAUGGACACGACCAAGAAGUUUGUGGCCUUAAAUGGGCCAUUGGUGGUAACUAUUUAGCCUCGGGUGGUAAUGAUAAUACAGUUAAUAUUUGGUCUAAAGAUCCUGGUUGUGAUCGACCCAUUUACACUUUCACUGAUCAUCAAGCUGCAGUCAAGGCCAUUGCAUGGAAUCCAUGGAAACCCAAUUUGUUGGCUACUGGAGGAGGUACUGCUGAUCGACACAUACGAAUUUGGAAUAUAAAUAAUGGAACAAACCUUUACUCUGUUGAUACUAAGUCUCAGGUUUGCGCUAUUCUUUGGUCAAAAGAGUAUCAAGAGCUUAUUUCGGCUCAUGGUUAUGCUAAUAAUGAAUUGAUCAUCUGGAAAUAUCCUGGAGUCACUAAAAUCUCUGAACUUCGAGGUCACACUCAAAGGCUAUUAGGACUCUCCAUGAGCCCCGAUGGAUCGACAGUUGUCUCAUUGAGCGCUGAUGAAACAUUGAGGUUCUGGGAAUGUUUCCAAACGGACACUGAAAAAAAGAAAAAGGCAGAACUCAGAGCGUACAAGGAGAAACUUGGUAAUAAUCCAUUGAGAGGCAGCAUUCGAUAAUCGUUCGAUAUGAGUUGCAUUAAGUAGUAGUAAUUAAUUAGUGAGAAUUAUUCAAAAAGGAUGAGAAAAGUUUAUGUUCAUGAUGAGUUUCCAUUGAUCCAUAAGGUGAAAACUUAAUCAUGAAUAGUAAAUCUUAAUCCUUAUUGAAUAAAUGAACAAUAAAUUAACAGUAAACCUGAUCAACCAAAUCAUCGCUCAAUAUAAAUCAUCAUCACUUUACACCUUUUACACUAAAUCAUCCUUACUUUAAAUCAAUCAUAAUCACUUAAAAUAAUUAUUUUUAAUAAUUGACUGUUAAAUUGUUCAAUAUGAUAACUUUACACAUGCUCCCUCAUCCUCAUCCUCAUCAUCAUCUCUCUUGCUCUCCCUCUCUUUAUCCUUUUUUCAAUCAAACGAUUACAUUGUAAAACAAAAUCUCUUAUACAACUUUGAUCAUCUUUAAAACAAUUAAAAAAAACUUGAGACAAA